UGUGUGAUGUUACAAUGGUAAAAUAUGAAAUAGCCUACAGUAUCUAGAGAUAGGCUACAGCCCUACACUGUGAGUGUGCGGAGAGAAGUUGGAUGUGAACGCCUCCUCAGAUGCUGCAGCGUGCGUGUUUUGUAGCCUACUGCACUGCUUGACAUUCGGUACAUGUGAGUGAACUGCGCGCUGCGAACUGUAGCGCCGCUGUUGCCAGUGGAAUCUUAGUUCUGGAAGGAGGACACCAAGGCACUGUUCAAGGCUAAACUGACUUCGCCCAUGUCUUCCACUGGGUCUCCGUGAAAAACAAGGCUAAAUCGGCGGCAGUCAUGACUUCGGUAUGGAAGAGACUUCAGCGCGUCGGCAAGAGGGCUUCGAAGUUUCAGUUUGCUGCGACUUACCAGGAACUGGUGGUAGAAUGCACGAAUAAAUGGCAACCAGACAAACUGAGGGUGGUUUGGACCAGACGAAAUCGACGCAUUUGCACAAAGUUGCAUGGCUGGCAGCCUGGGAUCAAGAACCCCUACCGGGGCAUGGUGGUGUGGCAGGCACCCGAGAAUGUGGACAUUACGGUCACCCUCUUCAAGGACCCAAAUGCAGAUGAGUUUGAAGACAAGGACUGGACAUUUAUCAUUGAAAAUGAGACUAAAGGGCACCGAAAGGUUCUGGCCUCCGUGGACGUAAACAUGAAGCGGUACGCCAGCGCCACGCCUGCCCAGUAUGAGCUCACGCUGAAACUGAAGCCCCUGUCGGUGAAGGUGGUGGAAGCCACGCUCAAGCUGACGCUCUCCUGCGUCUUCCUCAAGGAGGGCAAAGCAACGGAUGAAGACAUGCAGAGUCUGGCCAGCCUCAUGAGCCUGAAGCAGUCAGACAUCGGCAACCUGGACGACUUCAGUGAUGAGGAGGAGGAGAAGAGAGCCAGCACAGGCUCCACCACCACCAGCCCUGCAACAGCACCCCCUCCUCCCUCAAGAAGAGUGCGAGACACGGGCCCAACGCACACAGCCCCCACUGAGAUGGAGUGGAAGAGCGCUUUCACCGUCACCCUCCCUAACCUCCCUCAGCUCCAGUCACUUCCCCCUCUCCCUCUCUCCAUCACCCCCUCCGCCCCUCCCCUCUUCCCUCCUCCUCCGCCCCCUCACCUCGCCGCCCCCGGCCCUGUUGGCAGUGCCUCCCAGCAGGCGCGCCCGUCACACUACUCCUUCACUGUGCCAGCCUUUGUCCGUGCCCACCCUCCAGCCCUACCCAAAAUCUUCCAACCAGCUGCUGGAUCAGCACCCAUAUAUGUCCCUCGGCGACCUCAGAGGGGCUCCGGUGACCCUAGCCUGAUGGACCCCAGCCCCCCUGCUGGGACGGCCGCGGCUGCCCCCAUCCCUCCCCUCCCCAAACCAAGACCCCUGUCCUUCACUGGGCCCGGCACGCCUCCUCACCCCUCGGCCCUCUCCUCCACACCCCCCCAUGUGGCCUCUCCACCCGACGCUGUGCAGACAGUCACCUACUCCACUGCCCGCUCGAGUGCAUGGCGACCCCAGAGUUUCCCCUCUCUCCGCUCCUCUCCUUCCUCGGUCCACUCUCCUCCUCCUCACCUUGGCGCCUCCCCACCUGGAGCGGCCCCCUGCACGGUGACCCGUCGCUCUAAGUCAUUCCGUGAUUCGCUGGCCGAGCCUGGCUCCGCCCUAACUAGACCCACCAGCCUGCCGUCUGAGCCUGAGCCAGCAUCCUGGCAGAAAGAAUGGCGGCCGCCCAAAAACACUACCCCCCUCGCCCCUGUGCCUGUCCCCUAUUCCCCUCCAGUUCUCUGUCCUCCCCACACCGCCACUGAUGUGCCUGAGGCUGUUCCUCUGCAGGCAGUGCAAGGCUUGGAGACGCUCUGUAAUCCUCUGCCCCCUCCCCCUGUCCAGACCCCUCCCUUACCUAUGCAAGCCCCUCCCCUUGUCCAGUCCUCUGUCUCUGUGCCUGUCCACCCUGCUGCUGUACCCUCUGCUAAUGCUGUCCAGUCUGCUACUGUCACUGUGCAAGCCACUGUCCAUACCCCACCGCCCUCAGGGGAAGCAUCUCCUGUAGCUCUGGCCUCAGGCCUUGAUUGUCUUGACCACUCUAUGGAGUCAGAUAUGCCACCUUUGAUUCCUCACUCUGCGCAGACCGCUUCCCCUGCUCGGUCCUCUCCCUCUAGAAAGGCUCCUCGCCCAGUUCGGCCUCCUCCUCCUCCUCCUGACCAGGCCACUCCUCCCAGUCUAGCCCCACCCAAUAAGCAGUCUCGACCUGCAGGUCUAACCCCUCCCCCUGAGUACUCUCCCCCCUCUGGUAGCUUUCCAUCUCCUGAGAGCGUUAACCCUGUGCUGCUUCCUCCCCCUAUCCCCCCUCGAAAAGGCUUCCCUCUUCCUCUGUCCUCACCCCCUGCCUCUGCCCCUGGUCCAGACCCCUUCUCUGGCUCCGAUCACCCCCAUCCUCCCCUCCAGACACCAUCCUCCACCCCGGCUGUAUCACUGUCUGAUCCACCUGUCCGUGCUCGCGUCCCUGUUAGCAUCCCUGCUCCUCCUGUGGCUUCCUCUCUCUCAGAUGCUCCCUCUCUCACUCCCUCUGACUCAGCUGUCCCAGCAUCCUGCCCCAGUUCUGCGUCUCCUCCGGUGUCUCCUGAUGUCUGUGUGUCUCCCGUCCCCUGUCACCCCCUUCUUCCCGUUGUCUCUGAUGCUUCCUGUGCCGCUCCUGAUGCCGCUGCUCCAGCUGUUGUCUCCUCGUCAGACUCUAUCCCUGAGAGACCCCUCCAAACCUGUGAGUGGAGGCACCAGGUGGUGCCCACUGUGGUGCGUCCCAAUGUCAGAAGACCGCAGGUCAGCCCUGCUGUGGAGAGCCCUGUCCCCAUGCCCGUGUCCUCUCCCCUCUGUCCCACUCCUGCUCUGCCCUCUCCCCUGCCGUCCGCCAUCUCUAGUCCUCCUCCUCAGAACCAGGUCCCCAUUUCCUUGCUGCCAGGCCCUGUCUCUGCUUCCCUCUCUGACACGCAGACAGAGUACCAGAGACAGUUGAGCACACUGACAGAAGAGGAGCUCUCCAGUUCAAUAAGUCCAACGGAAGAAAAACAAAUGAACCUUGGUCGCACAGAAUCAAGAGGCUAUGAGAGAAAACGGGAAGGCGACUCUGUGUUUGGACUGGAGGUUGUCAAGGCAGCAAAAGGACCAGACAGUAUGACAUCUAUGCUGCCAUCUAGUCCAAAGAAAUCCAGUCUCUCAGAAUUGACAUAUUUUGAGCUGCCAAAAACACGAAGUGAUGGCCCAAAGACACCUCCCAUAGAAGCAUCCCUUGACCCCACCUCUCACCCUGCCUCACCUGUGAGCUCAUCAUCAGUGGUGGUAUCUGCUUCCCCACUAGAGUCUAAAGAGGCCCCCAACACCUCUGCAUUUGUUUUGAAGCCAGCACAUCCUUCACCCCCUAGGUCGGUCUCUGGACAGGGUGCUGUGGUUGCCCCAGAGAGAGACAAGGCAGUUCUUCCCCUGUCUGUGCACCAGUUUCCACAUAGCGCUUUGUUAGAGGGAAAGGAGUUGAGAGACUGGAGAGAAGAAACACAGACAGGAAAAGAUUGGAAAGAAAGGAGGGAAGAAAAAGAGCAGAAAGUUACUCUCUCUUCUGAGAGAGAAGCAUCCAAGAGCAUAGGGGAUCUUGAAAAGCCUCACUCAGAUUGGGGACCUAAUACCAUGGUUGCUUUGCUGCCAUCUUGUCCAAGAGUCUCCAGUUCUCCUGGGUUGCCAUCCACAAUGAGCCAUAGUACAGAUGAGGCCCAACUUGAGUGGACAUUUGAUAGGAAAGUGCUGUUGGAGAAGCCAUCCAAAAGCAUCUCCAAAGUUGCUAUCCUUCAGGCCUCUGCACCAGAGAGCUUAAGCAAAGACGAAGAAGAGUAUGCAGAUACAAAAGGUGUGACAUACUUAUCACCAAGUUGUCCAAGAGAAUCUAGGAUUCCAGGACUACCAUCUACACACAUGCUAAUGGCAGAUAGUCCAAGGGUUGUCAGAGAUCCAAACAUGGUGGAUCUUCUUAUAACCUGUCCAAGAGUAUCUAAUAUUCCUGGUAUUCCAUCCUGUCAACAAAUGAAGGUGGAGGAGCCAAAGGAAUGCUUGUGGUCUGAAAGUAAGAAGCCAUUAUGUCAACCCAGUUGUAGAGAAAAGGUGUUGGUGUUUGAUUCCCCAGGCAAAGCAUAUGAAGACAAAGAAGCCAGAGGACAUAUGGUGGCUAUAGUCCCAACUUGCCCCCAAGAAAGCAGAAUUCCAGGUUUUCCAUCUACACCAAGACCAAAAGUGAAUCCAAGAGUUCAAAUGCCAAGUAUGAUUGAUAUUUUACCAACAUGCCCCAAAUCCACACAUAUUCCAGGAUUGCCAACUGUAAUGGUCUCAAAUGAAACACUGUCCUUGAAGUGGCCAUCUGAAGAUAUUGUAUUUUAUAAACCAUUUAAGGGAAAACCAAGGAUCCUUCAUUUUCAUGACCUUGGUAAAUUCUAUCAUGAUAUGGAAAUGUUAAAAACUAUGGUGGUUCUGGUGCCAACUUGUCCAAGAAAAGCUAGAAACCCUGGUUUUCCAUCUGUUCCAAGAGACCCAGAAAAGCUACACCUAAGUAAUGCUCCAAGCAUGGUUAAUAUUUUACCAACUUGUCCCAAAUCCUCAGGCAUUUCUGGGCUACCUUCAAGAUUACAUACAGGCUCUGGUGGCUGGUUGACAUGUAACUCAUUGUUGUGGGAUAAGCCAUUGAAGAGACAAGCAUCUGGGAUACACCAAUUUUCAGCAGGCCUCUUGCCCUUGGAGAAAAAUGUUAACAUGUCAAACAUGAGGCCAUCUUGUCCCAAAACUACAAGGAUACAUGGUUGUCCUUCAGCACCACGGCCUGAAAUAUGCAGGGCUCCUAUUAUAGUGAACCUUGUGCCCUCGUGCCCGAAAGUUUCUAAAAUUAUGGGCUUCCCAUCAAUCAAGGCUCUUAAGGCAGAACAAGAUAUGCCAUGGUGGUACGCAUUGGACAAGAAACUUUUUUGGGCCAAACAAAUAAAGAACACAUCCACAUUAUUUAAACCUUUACCUUCAGGAGUAACAUUAUCAAAAGAAGGUGGAGAUAUUGGAAGAUCCAUGUUUAAACUGGCCCCCACCUGCCCAGGACAAGCAAGAGUGCCUGGUUUCCCAUCUGCACCAAAGCCUGAAUUGAAAAGGGCCCCAAGUAUGAUAAAUUGUUUACCAUCCUGUCCAAAGAUAUCGCGGGUCCCUGGAAUACCAUCUGCCAAAAAGUUAGUGGAAGAGUUUGAUAUCAAAGGUUGGCCUAUCAGGGAGAUGCCAUUAUGGAUCAAACCUUUCAAAAGGAAGCCAUGUGAAGCCAUAAGUUUGCAACCUGCACAGUAUAGACCAAGAGAUGAUUCUGAAAGGGAGAUAAUAAAAAGUAUGCCACUCCUGGUACCAUGUUGCCCAAGAAAACCAUCAACACCUGGGUUUCCAUCAUCACCAAGGCCAAAGGUGGACAACGCUCCAAACAUUAUGAACCUCCUGCCGUCUUGUCCAAAAGUUGCCAGGAUUCCGGGAGUACCGUCCAUACAAAUGUCCCAAAAUGAGUGCGCAGCAAUGAAUUGGCCAUUAGGUGUUCAACCUUUUUGUGUUAAAUCACGUAAGAACAAAUCAUUUGAGUCUGUUCUUGUUCUACCAGUUCAUUACAGAACAAUUAAAGAUCAAAUUAUCAUCAGAGGAAUGUUCUACCUUGCACCAAAUUGUCCAGGAAAAGCCAGAAAUUCUGGUUUUCCAUCAGCUCCAAGACCCCAAGGGUUCAGGGCACCUACUAUGGCCAGUAUGAUUCCAUCAUGUCCAAAGUCUUCAAGGGUCCAUGGUCUACAAUCCACUCAACAAUCAAACACAGGUUGUGAUGCAGAGAUUAAAUGGCAUGCAGAUAUAAAACCAUUGUGGGAAAAACCACAGGACAAGGACAAGUCAUGCCUGCAUAUACUGGACUGUCCAUCCCAAUAUAGCUCAAUAAAGGACAAAUAUUUUAUGAGAACCAUGGUGUCCUUAGUGUCAUCCUGUCCAGCAAAUGCAAGUUCCUCUGGUUUUCCCUCUCUGCAAAGGUUAGAGUCCAGGCAUUUGCCAGGCAAAGCAAGCAUACUGCCAUCUCACCUACCUGGCACGGACACAACAAAAGACAAAGAUAUUGCAUUGGUUGUUGACAGGAGCCCAUGUCAAAAUUCUCUUGCUCCAAAGCCUGACUCAGUUAACCAGCCACCAGAGAUCAGUGAGGUUAUGGAAAGGUUAUUGGCAUCGACACCACUUGGACCAAGUGAAGAUCACAUUUCUGACUAUCUUUCCAUAGCCUCUAAAAGUCAUAUAGAACUACCUUGUGAAAAACUGAAAACUCUGUCACAGCCACAGGAUAUUAGUAGUCAUAAACAAACAUAUCCAUCUGAACCAGACCAUCCACCUCUACCUGCCCAUAUUACAAAUGAUGAUAAAGAAGCAAACCCAGUCUUAAUCUCUGUACCAACCCUUAUGAAGGAGAACACAGUCUUUGGGGGGAAAUAUAAAAGAGGAGAUGAGGGCACUCUCGAGAGAGGGCAUAUACAGUGCAGAAUGUGGCACUCUACUCCAGAUACACCAUUAAUUUUGACUGUUAGGGAAAGAUCUGGAAGUAUGACUGCUUUGGUGCCAGCAUGUCCAAGAACAAGCAGUAUCCCAGGAUUCCCGUCCAUGCAAAUCACUAGCACAGGCACAGGAUUAGGGAGCUGCUCAGUUGACAAAAGCACAUUGUGGGAGAAACAAUCAAAGGCAUUGCAUGUCUUGCAAGUGGACAUACCAAAAGAGCAAAGAGACAUGAUGACAGGGAUGGUGAAUUUAGGACCUUCUUGCCCAAAGAGGGCCAGAACAGAUGGUUUUCCAUCUGUAGACUCGCCAAAAUCAGUGGUCUGUCAAGUCGAAAGGGCAGCAAAUAUGGUAAAUCUCACACCAUCUUGCCCAAGUGUAGCUAGAGUCAUAGGAAUGCCAUCCAUUAGGAAUGCCUACAUCAAUGAGACAGCUUGGCCAGUUAACAAAUUCCCCACAUGGCAGAAACCUCUAAAGAGAAAAACAUCAGUAACUAUAUUGUCCACACCAUUCCCUCAAAUGUCAAAACGAAACAAAAAAAUUAUGAAAAACAUGUUUGCCAUUGUUCCCUCAUGUCCCUCAGCCUCAAGUAUCCCUGGAUUCCCAUCAGCAAGGAGAACUCAGAAAGCACAAAUGCCAUCCAUGAAGUCUCUGUUCCCAUCAUGCCCAAACAAAUCUAAUAUUGCUGGUAUCCCUUCAAAGUUAGCCCAGCCAGCAGACAAACCUAACGUUGAGUGGCUAAAUGUCAGGGGAGAUCUGUGGGUGAGGCAACCACAGAAGAGACCAGAUUUACCCAGGCAGAUAUUUGUAGAGGACACAAAGAUCUGUAGCACAAUGUGGGCUCUGGUGCCAUCCUGCCCCAUUGCUGCCUCAGUCCCUGGUUUCCCUUCGGCACCUCAGCAUAUAACAGAUAAGCAUCAGAUACGAAAAGAGCCUGCCAUGGGAAAUAUUGCACAUGCUUGCCCAAAAUUGUCUAUAGUUCCUGGAAUGCCAUCUCAAGAUGAGACUGAUGUUGAUCAGAUUCCUGACAAAACUGUUUUAUGGGACAAGCCUCCUCAAAUGAAGAGUUUUGCAAUAGAACUCUUAGAGUCAGGUGAUAAAACAAUUGGUAAAGAUAUGAUGGCUUUGGUCCCUUCGUGCCCAGAAGUUGCAAGACAUCCUGGGUUUCCAUCUGCCCCACGACCCCAAGUUAAUAUAGAACCAAAUAUGGCAAAUAUUCUCCCAUGUUGCCCAAAGUUGUCUAAAGUUCCUGGAAUGCCAUCUCAAGAUGAGACUAAUGUUGAUCAGAUUCCUGACAAAACUGUUCUAUGGGAAAAGCCUCCUCAAAUGAAGAGUUUUGCCAUAGAAAUGUUAGAGUCAGGUGAUAAAACAAUUGGUAAAGAUAUGGUGUCUUUGGUGCCUUCAUGCCCAGAAGUUGCAAGACAUCCUGGGUUUCCAUCUGCCCCACGAUCCCAUGUUAAUUUAGAGCCAAAUAUGGUGGAUAUUCUCCCAUGUUGUCCAAAGAUAGCAAGGGUUCCUGGUUGCCCAUCCAUAGAGAGUGCUGUGGCAUCAGAAAGGCCUAGUGACAUCCAGUUCUUCAUUUGGAGCAAGCCAUUAAAAGAUAAGUUGGUAGGAAUUACAGGUAUUACUUGUUACUCAGGCCCAGAGUAUAGAAAUAUGUAUGCACUUGUGCCAUCUUGCCCAACAAAAGCAUGUGCUCCUGGGUUCCCAUCAGCCCCACAACCCAAGUGUUGGGAAAUGUCCAAUAUGAUAAAUAUGACAUCUUCUUGUCCAAAAAUAUCCUGUGCUCCCGGGAUCCCUUGCACUGAGAGACUGCAGACUGGGCCGUGGCUUUUUAUCAACAUGCCAGAAUGGGAGAAACCAUUCAGAAGUCCGCAGUCAUUGGUACAGACUUCCUCUGUCCUGGAAAGUUUGCCAAAUGAAAGUCAUAUAAUGCAAAGAAUGGUAUCUUUAGCACCAAUAUGCCCGAGAAAAGCUUGUGCUCAAGGUUUCCCCUCUUCCCCGCUACCAGUAGCUAAAAAGAUGCCAUAUAUGUUUUCCCUUCUUCCAUCCAUCCCAAGAGUCAGUAGCAUACUGGGCAUGCCCUCUUCAACUAUGUUGAUUUUUGACAUAAGCCAUUCAAAACCAUGGUCAGUGCACUCAUGUACAGAGGUCAAGAAACCACUGAAGGAGAGGUCUGCCAUGAUCACUGCCUGUCAGUAUGAUAGAGAGACUGUGGCAAACAUGUUUCUCUUGAAACCAACAUGUCCAAUCAGGGCUACAAAUCCUGGCCUUCCAUCUUUAUGUAGGCCCCCAGUAGUGGAGGAACAUACAUCGAGUGUGCUUUCUCCUUCAUGCCCAAAGGAGUCUUGCAUCCCUGGAAUUCCCUCUUUACUGAUAAACCAAGCUCAAUCACCAGAAGCUGUAUCAUAUAAGCAACUGUCACUGGAGAGACCUUUGAGGGCAACACAAUUUGGAACUGCACUUCCCUAUCCCAUAACUGAUAACACAGAGGUUUAUAAAGAUAUGGUGGUCUUGCUACCAUCUUGCCCAAGACAGGCAAGGAUCCCUGGGUUCCCAUCUGCUCCUCCUCCCCCUAAAGUGGACUCUGAAAGUCUAGCUUGCCCUGAGAUAGCACCGAAUGAUCAAACUGAGAACAUUGUUAAGGUUAUCACUGAGCAAAGUGUAGUGGAGGAUACAGACGUGUCGGACUUGGUGACAUGCGAGGACAUUGAAGACACUGGAAUAUGCAUUGAAGUGAAGCAAAUAAGUGAUAUUUCAUUCAUUGGCGAACCUGGUAGUCCAGCCAAAGGGGAAUGUAAAGAGGAUGUGGUCCUUGUAGACAACCCCUCCCCAUCCUCUGCACAUGACACUGCAGACCUCUCAGAGUCUGGGCUUGUGUUAGAUUGGGAGGUGUUGGAAGCUGAGGACUCUUCUGUAGAAAAAGAGGGAGGGUCGUCAGGCCUUGUAAAGACGAUAGUUGAUGUCUUUCACAAAGGUUAUGAGACUGUUGCUGCAAUAUUACAUCCCUCAAGCCCAUCACCUCCACAUCCCACUGAUAUGGACAAUCUCAAGCAUUUCUCCUCCUCUGUGGACCCCGGUGACACUGAUGGACUUAUUCAAAGCAAGGAGGAAGCAAUGGGAGCAUCAUCAUACCUUGGAGCAGAGGAAGCAGUGAAGUUUCCUGAAGCUGCAGAGUCAUAUAUGUACCAUUUAUCUGAGGGCAGAUCUGAGUCGGCCUUAGAGGAUGAGUGUUGGCUGGUUGAAGGUAGUGGUUUUAGUGUGAUGAAGAAAUGGCCUCCUCUAACAGAGCAUGAUCUCUAUGAGAUCAACAAAGAGGAGGAAUUCUCUGAGGUGAAGGAAGUGGAAGAGAAAGCCUUGUGUGUGGACUUGCUGAGCCAAACUAAAGAGAAAACGUCAGGACAGGAGGCAGACUCUGGACCAAGUAAGGUAUUGGAGCAGAGCAUACCAACACUCCCUGUUGACACAGAGGACGAACUAAGUAAACAGAUGUUUCUGGAACAGGGUCCCGGGCACCUCAGUGCAAAAGGGGCUAUUGUUCCUUCUCUUCUACAGCCCACCACUGAGGAGACUCCACUCGUCUCACAAAGGUCUCCCAGCACUGAUGGAUCAAAGCCUGCCGCUGUAGUCGAUCUGGUUCCACCACGACGUGCAAAGAGAAAUGACAGUUUAAACAGAGAGGCUGUACAGGCUGUUGAUUCAGAUACAGGGAACACUGAGAGGGUUGCUCUCUCUAGUGUUGGUAAACUCACUCCAUCUCAGCGAAGCAAGAAGGACAAGUCAGAGGGUUCUCAAAGUGUAGAGACUUCUGCUGUUGAAAGUGUGUCUUCGAUGGAGUCUUUUGAAGGUGAUAGGCAGCAGCAGGUAACUUUGUCCUUACUGGAAAUGGUAGAUGGGGUUUCCUCUAAACUUGCUGUGGAGGAAAAAGCUCCUCAGACACUGGAUAAUAAAGCUGAUUCAUCUAAAAUGCCUCAAGUGCCUACAGAUGAACGUGUGCCUUCUGAGAAAGAGAUAGAACAACCUAGAACUUUAGAUGUAUCUCUCCCGUUGCCACAGACUAAAAAACAACUUAGUGCCCCUAUCUCUGAUGAUUCUGUACCACUUAAAACAGAUGCGAUGGAAAACAAGGGUACAUCCAAAGACAUUGACACUCAUUCUGCUGAACACAAUCAGACUGUACCUGCAGCUUUGCCAACUGCAGAAUUUGUACCACCACCACGUAUCAAGAAAGAAACACCCUCUCCUCUUCUCACUAAAGACAAUUCUACCUCUAAAGCUCAGUCUAGAGACCGUUCACCAGCACAAAAAGAACUGGUGGUGCCCAUGAGAAAAAGGAAGGGCAGGUCUCAAUCAUGCAAAGUAUCCCAAGUAAGCGGUACUGAGACUGGGAGGAAUAUGAAGCUGGAGAUCUCAGAGUCAGAUAAAUCUCUAGACUCAGAAAUCAGGUCCACGUUUAAUGCUCAGUCUAGGGGUCGAUCACCAGGGCCGAAGGAUCUGGUGGUGCCCAUUCGAAAGAAGAAGGGCAGGUCUCAGUCAUGCGAAGUCUCUGCAGUUAGUGGUACGGGAAGUUGGAGGGAGACAAGGCUAAGGACUCAAGAGUCAGAUAAACCUCCAACCAAAGAAAACAGGUCGUCUUUUCUUCUCACAGAAACCACAUCCUCGUCUAACACUCAGUCUAGGGGUCGAUCACCUGGGCCAAAGGACCUGGUGGUGCCCAUUCGAAUAAAAAAGGGCAGGUCUCAGUCAUGCGAAGUCGCUGCAGUUAGUGGUACGGGAAGUUGGAGGGAGACAAGGCUAAGGACUCAAGAGUCAGAUAAGGUUCCAGCCAAAGUAUCGGAUCAGAAGAAACCAGACACAGACAUUUCUGAGAUCAUAUCUGGAGUGAAGAUGCGGAAGAAACCUGCAGAGCUGCCUGUUCCCAUGCCCCGUGUUAACAAGCGCCGGAGCGGAUCUUUUCUAGAUGACAUUCCAGCAACGGACAAAGAGGCCUGGGGUAAGGCCAUCACUGAGAGGCUAACAAACUUACCUGUUCCCAUGCCUCGGGUGAAGAAGCAAUUGAGUGGAUCUUUCGUGGAUGUUGCCUCAUCACAUGCAGAAUCUCAGUCAUGUGCAGUGGAAGCAGCAGUGGAGAUGGUGGCCAAGGUGAGAGAGGGCCUGUCAAAUUUACCUGUCCCGAUGCCUCGUGCUAAAAAACGCCUCAGUGGAUCUUUCCUGGAUGACUCUUCCUUAGCUGCAGAGUCUGGUGUUUGUGGAACAGGGGUGAGUGAAGGUCUGUCAGGCUUGCCUGUUCCCAUGCCUCGGAUUAAAAAACGCCUUAGUGGAUCAUUUCUUGAUGAUGUGACAUCACCUGCAGACUCACAGUUGAGCUCAGGUGAACCUGUAGUGGACAUUGAGGCUUGUAAAAAUGGGAUGACAGAAGGCCUUGCAAGCCUACCAGUCCCCAUGGCUCGCAUGAGGAAACGGCUAAGCGAAACUUUUCUUCUAGAUGACGUUUCACCCACUACAGUACCUCAGUCUUCUGCAAUCAAACCAGCAAAAAUAGAGGCUUCAUCGACUUUACCUAUUCCCAUGCCUCGAAUGAAGAAACGGUUAAGCGGAGCUUUCCUAGAUGACACGUCACCACCCACUGAACCGCUAACAUCUGCGGCAGAAAUGUCAGUAGACUUAGAGGCCAGAGAGAAGGCAAGCCUGCCUGUCCCUAUGCCUCGCUCCAAAAAGCAUCUCAGUGGGAGUUUCACUGAUGGGAGCCCUCCUUCAGACUCCCCACUUUCCUCGCCUGUAGGUUCUUAUGAGACUAAAGAUUCAUUCCUCUCAAAACUGGAUCAACUGUCUAAUGAGGGCAUCUGUAAAGAUUCUUCCUCCGCUCCCGUUUCUGUUGAAGCAUUUGAAAGCAGCGAUGGGAGGGAGGAGAAAUCAAAGCCCUCAGUCACCACUGCAGCCUCUGAGGGGGAAACCGAGACAGCUGUCUUACUGGCAGGAGACUUGACACAUAUGGAUGAGGAGACAACCACCGACGCCAAUGCUGAACCAGCGCCAGAAACUACAUCUGUGCUGAAGCUAACAGAAGGUAGCACGGACGGACCCGUGCAGUCAGUAGAAAUGUUUGACCACACAAAUCAAACAGAGUCUUCAGCAGAGUCGGAUGUUAUGGAGCCUGUUGAAGGCUCUGAGGUGGCAGAGGCAGACUCUGGGCGUGCAGAACAGGAGAUGCCAGAGAGCAAAGAGUCUGUAGAAGUAGAAGCUGAAGGUGACAGUGCCUCAGCUGAUGAAAGCCAGGAGGGGGCAGCAGAGGACUCCACUCUCCCUGUUCCCAGACCCCGCAUGAAGAAGCGCCUGAGUGGCUCGGAGGACUCGCCAUCCGCCGGUCAGGAAGAGCUCUCGGACAUUCCAGCUGUCGUGCCACGACGCAACAAGAAGAAAUUGAUAGCAGACCCGGUAGACCUUCAGGGGAUAGGCCCAGCUGAGGGGGAGACAGACACAGUCACAUCUCAGGAGAUUCCCAAUUUGGUGACCUCCAGCCAGUCCCUGCUCCAAUGGUGUCAAGAGGUGACCCAGGAUCACAAAGGAGUGAAGAUUACAAACUUCAGCACUUCAUGGCGGAAUGGACUGGCUUUCUGUGCAAUCCUGCAUCAUUUUCACCCAGAUAAAAUAAACUAUGAAAUGCUGGACCCUUACGACAUCAAACAUAACAACAAGAAGGCGUUUGAUGGCUUUGCAGAACUGGGCAUCCCCCGUCUGAUGGCGCCCUCGGACAUGGUCCUGCUAGCUGUGCCCGACCGCCUUAUCGUCAUGACCUACCUCAACCAGAUGCGCACGCACUUCAUGGGCCAGGAGCUGAGCGUGGUGCAGAUCGGCCGUGACACCAGCGAGUCCAGCUACGCCGUGGCCACCGCCGCCGAGGGCCGCGAACAUGCUGACCCCGAAGCCGCUGCCCGCUACUGCGUGGAACAGCUCCAGAGGAGCGGCAUCACCCUGGAAACCAGCGGCAGCCGGCCAGCGUCGGUGGAGAGGGCAGUAUCACAGGAGCGGGACGGCACCAAUGGGGACAUGGUGCCACCUCCACGCACCAAACGGCCUCAAUCGGUGGUGGCCGCGGGAACGGGAUCGGGCCUGAUAGGGCCUGUAGCCCCUCCUCGGUCACACUCGACAUCGUCCAAGUCAGGGUUUGCCCACGUGAAGGACGCGGACCUGGUGAGGAAGAGACGCUCGCAGCUCAGGGGAGAGUCCAUGGACGAGUCAGAGCUGUCAGAAGCCCCAAGCCGAUUAGAGAUUGCCUCAAGCCAAAUGAGUGUGAUGCGCCCAGACUCACAAAACCUUGAGCCGGAUGAGGGCAGAAUGGCAGAAGAGGCUCAGGACACUAGCCAGUACGUGCAGAGUGAGAUGCAGGCCCUGGAGAUGGAGCAGAGACAGAUUGACCGCAGGGCAGGCUACGUGGAGAAGAAACUGCGAGUGCUCAUGGAGAGUGGUACUGACCGUAUAGAGGAGGAGAAGCUGAUUCAGGAGUGGUUCAUGCUGGUCAACAAGAAGAAUGCUCUGAUCAGGAGACAAGACCAGCUGCAGCUGCUGCAAGAAGAGCAGGACCUUGAGAGGCGAUUUGAGAUGCUUAAGAGAGAGCUGCAGGACCUGAUGGCCGUGGAGGCGCGCCGCUGUCGACUCUGGUUCGAACUGCUGAAGAGAGAGCUCCAAGAACUCAUACCAGAGCAGGAUUGGCAGAAGACCCAGGCCCAUAAGCACAGUGAGCAGCUGCUCCUGCAGGAGCUGGUGUCCCUGGUAAACCAGAGGGAUGAGCUGGUGCACGACAUGGACGCCAAAGAGAGAGGGGCCCUGGAAGAGGAUGAGCGACUGGAGCGAGGCCUGGAGCGGAGACGGCAGAAAUACGGCAGUCGCAAGGAGAAGUGCUCCAUCCAGUGAGACCGAUGGAGAGAGAGAGAGAGGGUCAAAGGUCAUCUGUUGACCUCCUCCUCUGACUGCUUACUUGAUCGUUCCCAUCUCCUCUCCCGGUUGUUACAGAAAGUUCCUGGUUGUAGAAGAAGUGGGAACUAGCAGGUCUAGAUGGAUUCAUGGUGGACAUUGAAGGGCAUCGGCAUCUUCAGACAGCAUUUCAUGAAAUGUUUUCAAGACUGUUCAUUGAUAAAAGCUGUGAGGAUGUGAGGUUCUAUCUCCGGCCCGCUGCACUGCUUAAAUCUCCUUGUACAGUUGCCCGUUUACAUGUCAUCAUGUAGUCAUUGACAGUGGACUUUGUUGUUCAUCCAAAGUCUCAUGAAGCUUGCUGUGUUGAAGGUUAGCCAUAUGUGUUUUACACACUGUAGAUUGCAACAGUGCAUGUGAAACUGGUAAUGGAAGUCCCCAGUUGGAUACAACUGCAUGCGAUUGCUUCUGCCUACACCAAAGAUGUUACACUUUGGUUUCUUGUUUUUAUACACCAGGCUACUUUGCCAUUUUUGAAACUAAUACUGCCGUAUCAGAUUGAUGUAAAAGAUUGCUGUUGGUUUGACUGUUUGUUUUGUUUAAGAAACAAAGCCAAAAAGCCUGCUUUAAGUUACUGGAUGUAAAAAUUAAAGGGGUGGGAAUGGGAGAACUUAACAGGGGGAAACAAAUCUGCGGAGAGGUGUUUUGUGUUAAAGGCCUGGAGCACGAGAGAAGUUUCUGUGCCUAGUCCUUUGAGGAGGGUAGUGUGGCCUGAGGGAAGUAACAAAAGCUUUUGAGCUUUCAGGAGGCCUGACAGGAAAAUGCUCGCUACUCUUUUGUGAGGUGGCAGUGUGCGUUCUGUUACAUGAGGCUGUGCCAGGGAGCUCUACGUAGCACCUUAAAUGAUCACCAGUAAUGAUCACCUUAAAUCGAGUCCAUCUCAAGAUACAGUCGAGAGACUCUGUGUUUGUUUGUUUUGCAGUUUUAAUGAUACAAUAUUUUAAUAUGGACAAUAGAGAGAAUGAAGAUUUGUCAUUCAAAACAUAGACAUUUAUACUUCAUCCAUUAUGAAGUAACACCAGCUAUCUUUAUUUAACCUAAGUAAUGGUUUCAUGAUAUUUUAACAAACAAAUAAGUCUUUGGUUGUGUAAUUGUAGACCUAUCUGAUUGAAAUGCUGACGUGUAUUAAUCAUAUUCAUCUUACAGCACAUGCAUCUCAUACAGGGUCAUGUAGAGUUGUACUCACAUGGACCUUACGUAUUUUUUUCCAAGGUCAACAACCACAGUAUUAUUUCAGGAAGUAUCUGACCUUGUAUAGGAUUCAAAGUUGUGCAAUGACGAACCAGCAGCAAAAAAGAAACAACAAUGAAAUGCCAUGAUCUAUGUGUAAGCAGGUUUAAGUGUGAAUGUGUUUGCAGGCAUGCUUGUGGUUUUUGUGUGUGAAUACAGUAUGUGUAUGUGUACUGUAAGUUUGGUUGACACUUUUAAAAUCUGUGACAAGCUCAGAUAAGAAAAACCGUUUGUGAAACUGAAAACACAGUCUCUAUUGCAGACUUUAUCUUUAAGUGUGUGUGGUAUAUUUUUUGUGAAUGGCAACGUGGCCAUUGACAGUUGCAUUAUGGUAUAUGUGUACUAUUUUUGUGUGAGAUACCCGUAGGAAAUAACCGACAUUUUUUUGGGAAAGUCAUCUGACAUGCUGCAUUUGCACUAUUUAUAAUGACCCCCCCCCCCCCAUCCCCCUCUCGAAAAAAAUAAAAAAUAUUUUGAUCUUAAAUCUAAAA